GCCUCUUCAUGGCUUUCAAUUGAGUAUGACGGACUUGAAAGAUGCGGCGUCGGUAACGAAGAAAGGCGCAGGAUGCCUGUUUACAAAUUUUGAAGAUGUUCGGCUUACGGAUGAGGAGCGUGUAUAUAUGAACGCAGCUUCAAUAGGUGAUGUCGGUGUCAUUCGAAUGUCACUUGAGGAUGCCGACUCAACUCCUAAUUUCAACGUGAAUUGCGUCGAUUACAUGGGUCGAAAUGCCCUCCAUCUAGCGGUGGAUUCGGAAAACACUGAAGCAAUUGAGUUACUCCUCGACAAACUUUCCUUCGAAUGCAUCGAAGAAGCCCUCCUUCACGCAAUCUCAAAAGGUUUGGUAAAGAUUGUCCGUGUCAUCAUCGAGCAUCCUAACUAUAUGGCAUGCGAAGAGAGACUAAAACGAGUUGAUUCAAAUAAUUCCUUUUUUCGAACAACGGAAAAGAGUCAAUUCUCACCCGAUAUCACACCACUCAUUCUCUCUGCUCACUAUAACAAUCACGAAAUGGUCCAAAUGUUCCUCUCCCGCUCCCACACUAUCGAAAAACCUCACCCUAUCUCAUGCCAAUGCACAGACUGCCAAGUGAAACAGGACUAUGACUCACUGAAAAGGUCGAGGUCACGUCUCAAUGCUUACAGAGCAUUGGCUAGUCCUGCUUAUAUGGCCCUGAGUUCUCCCGAUCCCAUUAUGGCAACAUUUGAACUCCGACAAGAAAUGAUGAAACUGGCUGAAAUUGAAAAAGAAUUUAAGCGCGAGUAUCUGACGUUGGUGGAGCAGUGCAUGAAUUUCGCCUGCGAGAUGAUGGAUCUUUGUCGGGGCACCCAAGAAGUGGAGGCCGUCAUUUCGGACUUUCUGGAAGACGGCGCUUACGUUCGUGAUCCCCUCGGUCGCCUAAGGCUUGCCAUCCGAUUCGAGGAAAAAAAGUUUGUUGCUCACCCAAACUGUCAACAAUAUCUUACAAGUAUUUGGUACGGUUCCGAAACGGCCUUUCUGCAAUCUUGGUCACUAAUGCGAAAAAUUGGUCUCUCAAUCCUUGCUGUGCCUGUUCUCAUACCAGUUUGUGUCCUUUACAUCCUCAUACCCUCCAUUAAUAUAACCCGUGCAAUGCGUUGCCCCGCAAUGAAAUUUGCUACCCACUGUGUAUCACACUUCAUCUUCUUAAUUCUCUUGUCAAUAGCGACAUUUCGAUUAGAAGAGAAAUAUGAAAAUCUCGAAGAAUACAAUACAACGGAGAGAGGUGUACGAUCGUGGCUAGAUGAGAAUUUUCGACCCAGCAGAGCCAUCAUAACGCACGUUCAAGUGGGAAUAGUAUUAUUUAUAGCUGGGCAUUUUGUAGCGGAGGUGAAACAUGUUUACUACACGGGCUUCCGAAUAUACUUGUCGAGUGCCUAUAACUUUAUGAUCUACUGUAUCCUCUCGCUAUAUAUAGCCAGCUACACGCUUCGGAUUAUUGUUUACGGAUGGCUUCAAGAUGCGGAUGCCGCUGUCAAUGCAAGUAAAAUCAUCGAGGAUCUUAUCCGAAACAAUGAGAGCUCAAAAGUAAAGUCGAUGGUAGCAGAAUUGAAAGCGUCACAACCAGGCCAUAUCAGCUACUUUAUUGAAGCAUGUAAGGAAAUUUAA